ACUGAAUGUGCCACACCGUGGGCUGGCUCGGACCCCCCAGAGGCGCCUCGGUGGUGAGGAUGAUACUGUCGAAGUCCGCGGCAGACAUGGUCGACAGGUGCUCCAAACGUCCCACUAACGACCCGCCAUGCACCUGAUUGAUACACACACACACACACACACACACACAGCGCCACACGACCACAUGUGAUGUGCGCGAAUUCCCUGUUGGCUGUUUCCCUUCGCUCCCCCCUCUCUCCCCCCUCUGUGUGCAUGUGUGCGUGCAUACGUCACGGAGCUUCACGGUCUCUCCUGGCAGUCGCUGGCUGCCGCAGGACCCUCCACGCGUCUCUCGAGGUCGUCCUCCGCGGACUCGUCGACGCGGAAGUGGAGGUUGGGGAGGACAACGCGGCCCAUGACCAUGUUGGUGGCCUUGAACGGACAUGACUGGUCGUACCAGCUGUCCUCCUUGAGCCGCUGCUCCUGGAAGAACAGGGCGGUCUCCUCGCCGUGGAUGUCGGUGAAGACCAGCUGGUCGCCCCUGAUGUCAUGGUCCUCGUAGUCGGGGCUGGCCUUGUCCCUCAUGGCCUUCAGCGCCUCGAUCCUCUCUGCAUACAGCAUACAUACAUGCAUGCAACAACAUCCACAGUGGGUGGCCCUCAUGGCUGUCGUGUAUUCGUCAAUCGGUGGCCGUGUGUACCUACCGUGGGAUAGGAGGAGUUGUGGGCAGGGGUUCGGGUCGCUAUGGGCUCCUGCAGGGGGGCGAGGGACGGCACGGACGACCCAAGCGAACUGGGUGGCGGGAGUCGGCAGUACGCUGCACUCACACAACACAUACGGACGGACAUACAGACAUAUGUAUACUUGCACUGCUGCUGCUCCCUCAUGCUGCUCCCUCACGCUGGUCCGAUGGCGUGCGGUAACCUCCUGUAGUCAGCGACGAAUUGCAAUCAAUGAUCCACAGCGCACACACGAGCGGGCGCGGGUGCUCUCCUCCCCGUGAUGUUUUCUCACCUCCGCGGCCCGACGGCAUCAAGCCUCUGUUCGGUGGCGUCUCCAUGGCCCGUCCUGUGCCGGCGCGACUUGCUCAGCCUGGUGAUGCGCUGCUCCCUCUUCCUCCUUGGCUUCCGCUCAAAUACGACAACGAAGAUGACAGGUGAACAGGCGUCACAGGGAUGCACACGUGUGUGCCUGCCAAGAGGUGCUGGCGAUGUGCUGCCGCCCAAAUGUGAUUCGGUAGAAGGAGAGCGGGAGCGUCUCGAGUGCCUUGAGCAGAGGAUCUGAUGGAAUGACGCUGGCUGCCGUAAGCAGUCGAGCGGGCAAACGUAAAGGAAUGCCUGGGGAUGCUCAGUGGGCAGUUGGCCGGCUGCGUCUUCAUUCUCCGAGAGCCGCGGAAGGGAGGAAAUGACUUGGCGGUGAACGGCUGUGCAGGGGGAAUGAUGCGUUCGAAAUCGGGAAUGUAGUCGAUAUCUCCGACCGAGAUCUCUGAAAGUCGCACAUAGCCGGGUUUGCUGUCGUCGCCCGUGUCUGCACGAGCUUUUGGAUGCCUACCACACACCCACACACACCCACAUGGGCGCACACAGGCAGAUGAAAGACAGAACGGUGUAAUUUUUCACUUCGCUCACCUCUGCACUAUCGUAUCGGUGCCUUUUCGUAAUGCCAAAUCGUGCCGAAAGUUUGGCGGCGACUGGUGCUGUCUGUAAGGGCAGGACGUCCUUGCCGUCCUUGUCCAGCAGCACGCACGUCCGGCCGGCGUGGGGACCCUGCCCGCGGUGUGGGGAAAGCCCAUCGCCCCGAAUACGCACGAAGGCGACGGGCGAACACACAGUCCUCUCCAGCAGUGCCGCCAGCAAUGAGGAUGCCGCUGGAAGCAGACGGGUGAAGAAAAGGGAAAAAAUCGCGCGAGAAAGUGGCCUGUCGCGAUCUCGCCCAGCUCAGUAGCUCGCAGCCCUUUUCCGCGAGGAGAGAGCUGUUUCGGGCGCCGUCUUGCGAUCUGAGAGCGGGAUCUCUGCCAAAGUCCGGUGUCAUCUGACCCAGCUGCACCGACCAGCUGCUCGAGCUCAAAGUCUUUUCGGAGAGUUGUUUUCGCGCGGAGGGUCAGCAGCAUGUGAUGGCGUGACAGCGGUGGCAGCAU